CUCUCUCUCUGUCGCCGCAUAUAUCGCGCUGAACGCAUCAGAAGACUCGUGCGUGCGACAGUCUGGAUUUUCUUCACUCCAGUCAGCUUUUACUCGGAGUCCAAUUCUGUUGCAGGAGCGGUGGCGAGGAGCCCGCAGAGGGCCGUAGCAUGGGGUGAUGAGGACUCCCUCGGCUGACAUUAGUGCAGAUGACUAGUGAUGGCCACAGCAUCACCUGAACAAUCGUUGGAUGACAUAAUAAACACAGGACAACAACAAGACCAAGAGGAGCAGCAGGAAUUCUUCAGCUUGUUGGAGACUGUUGUUCUCACCGUCCUCCUCUCCAUCAUCAUCAUCAUAACAGUGUUCGGCAACCUGCUGGUUAUGGUGGCUCUGUGUAAGGACAGGCACCUGAGAAAGAAGAAAACCAACUACUUCAUUGUGUCGCUGGCAUUUGCUGAUUUACUGGUUGCACUGGUUGUGAUGCCCUUUGCUGCAAUCGAGUUGACCACUGGCCAGUGGCUCUAUGGAGAAAUCUUCUGCUUGGUGCGAACAUCCCUGGAUGUUUUAUUGACCACGGCAUCCAUUCUGCAUCUUUGCUGCAUUGCACUGGACAGAUAUUAUGCUAUCUGCUGCCAGCCUCUAGUCUACAGACUCAAGAUGACCCCAGUGAGAGUGGCGCUAAUGCUCGGCGGCUGCUGGAUCAUCCCCACAUUCAUCUCCUUCCUACCCGUCAUGCAAAGCUGGAAUGCCAUCGGGAUCGAGGACAUUAUUGAAGAGAGGCGAGCCUUAAUGGGAGGCUCCAAUGACACCAGCUGUGUGUUUCUGGUGAACUGGCCUUAUGCCCUUAUCUGUUCCGUUGUGGCCUUCUAUGUCCCGUUGGCUCUCAUGGUCCUGGCCUAUCAGCGUAUCUACGUCACCGCCAUGACUCACGUAAGGCAGAUAGAGACGCUUCAGCGGGCAGGUUCUGCUCCAGUCACAGGGACCGACCCAGUUAUCACUCUGAGAUCCUCCACUUCCUCAGAUCCACUGGAGCAUUACCGUCCGAGGACAACAAUGGGCUCAUCUUCAUCAGAGCAUCCUCCUGUAGCAAACAGUCGCAUGCGCAUUGAGACUAAGGCGGCAAAGACUCUGGCAGUCAUAAUGGGCUGUUUCUGCCUGUGUUGGGCACCAUUUUUCAUCACCAAUGUGGUGGACCCUUUUAUUCACUACUCAGUGCCUUGGCAGCUGUGGACAGCCUGGCUAUGGCUCGGGUACAUUAACUCAGGGUUGAACCCCUUCCUGUACGCCUUCCUAAACCGGGCAUUUCGAAGAGCCUUUCUAGUGAUUCUCUGUUGUGGAGAUGAACGGUACACUCGACAGGGCAGCUGGUCCUGUGGAUACACCAACAGACCAUACUCGGCUCCAUCAGUCAAUGGGACUUCCAUGGCUUUAAGAUUGUCCUUCUUACCAAACCGGAGCUACAGCGACAACGGUCGGACAAUACUCGCCAACGAGCAGGAGUCCCAGGACUCUCUGGGACCACUAUGAGUGGAACAAAACUAAUGUGAUGGACAUCUUGACCUCAACUGUUUACUUAUGACUAGUCUUAUUUAUGCAGUUUACCUGGACAUUAAGUUUCACUCUCUAUAUGCUGCAUAAUGUUGAUUCUGCUCGACAAAACCUGAAUGUUUGUGGAAAAGUUACUGCUCAUCAAGACUUUAAUGUGUUUAACUGGCAUUUGGACAACAAAUGAUUACUUCCAUCAGUGGACUAAGUCGUGAUUUCUAAAUUUAAGUCCCAACAGUUGCACUCAGCAGGAGAUGGAAAAUACCAACUGGUUUCACCUCUUAUGUAUUCCAUCACAGCUUAAACUUUUAUUCAAAUCUUGGUGGUACAAGAGAGCCGAGCUCCAUUUAGUCACACAGAUGUUUGGUUCCUUCAGUAAAGAUUCAUUUACUGUACAGAUGUGUUUAUUUGCAUUCAAUCUGCAUCAGCCUGAGAGACAUACAACCAUCCAUUCAUCCAUCAGUUCAUCCAUCCAUCCUUCUCCACAUAUCUAAGCAGGGGUGGGCUGGGAACAAAAUUCGGCCCUGGCUUUUUUACGAAUCGUUGGCACUCAGUCGGCCCUCCCUAUUGGGAGAGCGGUGGGGGUGGGGGGUGUUUCCACCCGCGGACUCGUCUCUAGGCCGAACGUGAGAUCCAAUAUGGACUGGGACUGUUAAUUACAAGCAGGGCCAGACCGCUGCGACCGGGAGCCCUGGCCUUCCAGAUCAGCUCAUUCUCCACGGGCGGAGAUCAGUGGGACAUUAGCUACAUGCUAACAUGGUAAAAAACUCCUGCAUCAUCGCUCUACUGUGUUUUUCUUGCUAAAAACGCCUGAAAAAACUCUGUUAGCUUCGGGUUACCAUGUAGCUAAUGUUCUGCAGAUCACCAACUGUGGAGUAGUGUUGGCCCAAGCUGGGCAAGCAGCCCACUUUGCUAAGCAGCCCACCGGGACAGUGCCAGAAUGCCAGAUAGGCCAGUCCACCCCUGUAUCUAAGACUGGAUUGCUGUGGUCAGGAAAACCCAGACAAUAUUCUCUCCAGCUUCCAGUGCAACAGAUAAUCUCUCCAGUUAGUUAGGUGAUCAGCCUUACACCCCCUUCACACACUCACACACACAUUUGUCUUUGGUAACGCUUUCUUUUACAGUCCCCUAAUUACUAAGUACUUACAUGGUAUUUACAUAGUAAGUUAAAGUGUAUUAUUGUUUCUGAGUUCUUAAACCGUUAUUACCAUGCUACACAGGUUCAAUUUUAUUUUUUAUUUUUAUUCAUCUUUCCCAAUACAUACUGCUUUACACAAUAAUUACACUUCAUUACAUUUAUACACUUUAAUUACACAAUAAAACACUUUAACUUACUAUGUAAUUACCAUGUAAGUACUUAGUAAUUAGGGGACUGUAAAAGAAAGCGUUACCUUGUCUUUCUAGUGAGGACAAUCCAUUGACUUCCAUUCAAAUUUGUACCUAUAUUAUGCCUAACCCAUACCCUAACCAUAACCCAUUCUGAUCUAUUCUUAAUCCUAAAACCUAAUUCACACCACACCUAUAAAACCGACUGGUAGACAUUUUGAAAAAAUGAACUCACUCUGUUGGUUAAAACCUCAUGGUUCUCACUAGGUAGUAAGUACAAGAACACACACACACAAGCACACCUUUCAAAUUAUGUUAAAAGUUUUCAUUGACCACAAAAAAAAUCAAAAUCUAUAAACAUUUUUGUGCCAAAAAUUGUUUUAUUGUGAUUUUUUUCAUUUGUAUUGCCCAAAAGGCCUAAAAUAGACAUAUUGGUAAAGAUCUGAACACAAAAUGAUUCUAUAUGUUGAUUAACAUCAACAGCCUUCUGGUGAGACAAAAUUCCACCGAAAGUUAUUGGUGGCCACACAAAACCACUUUGAAGGACACACAAACAAAUAAUGAAUUAUCUGGUUGUUAAAAUAUAGCAACAUAAAAACUUAGUGAUCUUCUCAGUCCCUACAUCCCCAGCAGGUCCCUGAGGUCCAGUGAUCAAAGCCUACUGGUUGUGCAGCACCAGGCUAAAGACCAAAGGUGACAGAUAAUUUGCUGCUGUGGCCCCCAGACUCUGGAACUCUCUCCCCCUGAGCCUGAGAUCAGUGGACUCCUUUAAAAAGCAGCUGAAACUCACCAGUUCAGGCUGACUUUUACAUUACCUUCAUCACCUCCCUCUCCUUAUUCUGCUCUUAUUCCGCCUUUCCUGGAAUCCACUGAUUUCCCUCUCACCUUUUCAUUUUCUGUCUCCCUUUCUUUACAUUUUUUAAAUAACAGUUUUUUCUC